CAUAAUACAAUUUACAAAAUCACUGGUAUUAAAUAUUCAUCGCAUAACAGAUGUUAUAAUUGCAUCAUAUAAAAUCGUUAAAUAAACAGGUUAGUCAGUUGACAAUUCCAGCGCAUGCGUCAUUAUUUUCACUAAAUAUAAAAGAUUUUCAAUAUAAAAUAUAAUUUUUUUACACAAAAUUGUUACUCGUUGAAAAUAAUGUUAUGUUUAAUGACGCGCGAUGAACGACACGCAAUGAAUCAUAAAUAAUUCCACUUUUCCAAAUGCAAACAUUUCGAUCGCAGUACCACGUCAGUUUUUUUCGCGUAUACAAUAGCUGAAGUGGCGACAGUGAUAGUAACAAAAAGUGGUUAUAAAUAUAGUUACACACUACUGACAGUGAUAAUAUCGGUAGUAAUGGCAGUAGUCACGAUGGUAUAGUGGUAAAGUGAUAAAAUGAUCACACAUUUAUAAAAGCAUCUGUUUGUUGACAGUAAAAUUUUAAAUGUAAAAAGUAAUGUAAGCGCUCAAAAGGAAAAAUGAAGAUUUGUAUAACGUGCGUGUAUUGGACAUUACUUUUUAUAUCAGUUGUUUCCAGUGCAUUGCUAUUUAUUAUAGUAGCUUGUGAAAAUGCACAAACUAAUUAUUAUUUGCCAGUCAAAAGGAAUGACUCUUCAGAGACUUACGAUAAUGAUACCUUGGAUCAUAUAGAUGAUAAUAGUUUAGAGACAUCAAAUAUAGCAUUUACCAGACUACAGAAUUCAAAAAAAUUGGAGCACCAGUAUGAAGAUCAUUAUUAUCAAGUAAGAAUGCAAAAGAAAAAGGACAAAUUUGCAAAAAAAGCUAUUGAUUUUGAAAGUGUUAUAAAAAGUAAAGUAAGGAGAAAAGAGAAUCCUUAUAAAAAUCCAGAUAUUGUGGCUGAGACUCUUACUCAACAACCUAAUUUAUCUCAGGGAAUUUCUGAAAGUGAACAAACAACAGUUUUACCUUUAAUGGAUACAACUGUAGCAGAGUUACAAAGUUUGGCAGAGCCAAAGCUGAAUCAAGAAUUUUCAAGGACAAGAUUAUUUCCAAAGAAUUCAUCAAUGCUAACAAACAAUGCGAAUCUUGGACAAACAACAACACAAGCACCAGAUGAAAUUUCAUCAAAUACACAAAGUCUACCUCCGCCAAGUAUUAAUGAAAUUACAGAAACGCUUAAUGAAACAAAUACUCUCCAAGAGGAAUCUGUAUUAUUAUCACAUUCAGUUAAAGAAGAGAUACCAGAAGUAGUAGUAGUAGUAAGAGCUGAACAAGGUCCUAUCACGACUGAUGAAUUAGAAUUCAAAUUUGACGAUGUUAAAACACUUUCUGAUGAGAUACCUAAAGUUGAUGGAACAUUUGCAACAACUCCAGAAUUAAGCGAUUCAGAAGCCAAAGCUCGACUAGUAGGAGAUAACAGAGACGAAGGAGCUGCAAUUGUUCUUGGUGAAGGAAUUGUGUCUGUGGGAUCAGCAAAUCCUCAUGAGGAUAUUCCAUCUUUUAGUGAAUGGACUCAGAAAAGACUAGAAGAAGCUGAAAAAAAGAAAACACAUCCAAAUGCAUCUGUUCAAAAUGCAGGGACUCCAACACGGGGAAUAGGUAGUAUGAAGGUUCGUUCUAAGAAUUAUGCUUCUCCUGAUUGUGGAGCUAAAAUUGUAGCGGCUAAUCCAGAAGCACAAAGUGCCAGAAGUGUGUUAGUGUCGACCAGAGAUGAAUAUAUGCUCAAUACGUGUACGUCACGGAUAUGGUUUGUGGUAGAACUUUGUGAAGCUAUUCAAGCAAAAAAAAUUGAACUGGCAAAUUUUGAGCUUUUCAGUUCAUCACCAAAAGAUUUUUCUGUAUACAUUAGUGAUCGUUUUCCUACAAGAGAUUGGAGUCCAGUUGGUCAAUUUACUGCAAAAGACACAAAGGAUAUUCAAAGUUUUGCUUUACAGCCACAUCUUUUUGGAAAAUUUAUAAAAAUUGAAUUACACACCUAUUAUGGAUCUGAACAUUUUUGCCCUAUUUCUUUAUUUCGUGCUUAUGGUACCAGUGAAUUUGAGGUUUUAGAAACGGAAACGGAAAAUCAAAUUUCCAGAGAAACAAGUACUGAUGAAGAUGAUGGUGAAGACAGUGAUGAGGAAGAAGUUUUGGAUGUUGAAAGUGGUGAUCCACCAAGAAAUUUAUUCGGUAGCGCCAGGGAUGCUGUGCUAAGUAUCAUGAAAAAAGCAGCUGAAGUAUUAGUAAAAUCUAGCGAAUUGACUGGCAAUAAUAUUACAAAAAUUCAACAAAGCAUAGAUAGUGGAAACAUUCUUGAAAAUUCUUUUAUUAGUUGCACUACGCCACGGUACACCAUUCUUUGUGAUAAGUGUUCGGAUCAGAAAUUUGCUGAAAUCUUCCAGUUAGUUAGUUGUAGGGAACAACAGCUGAAUGAAUUGUUAAAAAUUGAUCUUGUUAAUAGAACUUUAAGACAAAGUGGACUUUGUAACAUAUAUGGUGUAGGAGUCGAAACUUUCGAAAAAAGAGGAACGGAAGAACAAAGUGACGAAGUAAAAGAAGAAAAAAAAUAUAACCAAGUUGAAGAAAGAUAUGGUUCGACGAAAAAUUUUCAGUUGUCAUUCAUAACGUCUAUAUUUAAGCCUGAAUACAUCGCAGCGCUCUGUAAUAUAUUAGCAAUAAAAGAACGGAAAAUGGUAAUGAAUACUAGCCAUGAAAUGCCAUUUAACAAUUUCAAUAAUGUUGUUAAAGAAGAUAUACCAGAUAAACAUAAAGAAGACCAGAAUGACGACGGGAUUAAAUCUUUUCAACAAGCAGCAACUGUAUGCACUUCAAGCUCAAAUGCAGACUCUUUUAAAUCGGAGUCAUCUAAAGCAAUUCCGAAAAGCACUCAAGAAUUGCACACCAAAGAAGUUAAUAAGUUUACUGGUGCACCCAUUGAGAUUUUCUUAAGUACUGAAAAUAUAAAUAAAGAAAUAAAUCCAAGUGAUACCUUUGAAAAAGAAGAAAUAAAGAAUGAUUCUACAAUUCCAAUUUUAGAAUCUAAUAAAGGUAUUGAAGAAUCAGUUGAGACAGAACUAUUAACAACUACUCCUGCCCCUUUAAAGGAUGGACAACAUUCAACUUUAAAAACUUCUGAAAAACCAUCAACUCCUUCUGGCAUUUCCACUGAAAAUUUACCUCAGACAACUAUUCCUGCUCCAAUAACCACUAUUGACAAUAAUGAGCUUCCAAGUGAUGAUACGGUGCCCGAUAUAGACACAUUGGAAUUUGUUGACUUGCAAAAUAAGGUGGAGGCAAUGGAGCAUUUAGAUCAAGAAGGAAAACAAGGACAAGCAGAAAAUUUAGAACAAGAAGUUAAGUUACCCCCUCAAGAUCCAUUAAUUGAUACAUUGUUAUCUGAUUUAAAAGAUUUGGAAGGAGAAACACCACAUGUUCAGAAUGAGCCUGCUGUAAGUGCUUCAGUAACACAGUCAGCAACAAAUACCAUGCCACAAAAAGAAUCUGUUUUUCUUAGAUUAUCCAAUAGAAUUAAAGCGUUAGAAAGGAAUAUGUCAUUGAGUGGACAGUAUUUAGAAGAAUUAAGUCGUCGAUAUAAAAAGCAAGUUGAAGAAAUGCAAAGAUCGCUUGAACGAACAGUUUCCACAAUGAACGAAGAAACACGAAAAAGAGAAGAACGCGAGUCAAAAAGAGCAGAAGAAAUUGCGAUUUUAAGGGAAGAACUUGCCAAUCUUUCAAAUUCGAUGGAAAAUCUUCUAUAUGAUCGCGAUAGUUGGAGUGGAAAACUCUCAAUGAUAAGUCAACAUAUACUGUUAAUGUGUUCUGAAGUUUUUGUGAUAUAUUUAUUUAUUUUAUAUUAUCGAAGAAGUAAUAGUAAGAGAUCACAGACAAAAGAGAAUGAACAUACACAAAAAGAUACAGUGCGACGGAAAAGUGCAGAAAAUUUUAGUUCGCACACGAAAAAAACAAAAAAGCGACGACCAAGCGAAAUAGCUUCUCAUAUUACAGGUACAUAUCGUGAGUUAAUGAUCAAUGAUAAAUUCCAAGAAACUAAGAAGGAAAAGAAAAAGAAGCGCAAAAAAGGAACCGUUUUAAUUAAUUAUCAGACAAAUGUAAAUAGCGAGGCAGAAAGUAGUUUGACAACACAACGCAGAACUUCUCUAACAGAUAAUAUGAAAGUACCAUUAAAGAGUGUUUCAUCAUAUGAAAUAUUACAAACAGAUGAGACUCAAAAACAAAUUUGCAGACGAUUGAAAUCUGCACCAGAAAAUGCAGUUGAUUGGUUUGAUAACACUGUGUGUCAAACAGAAUGCAAUGCUCAGUUAACUGUGUCAUACACUAACACCCUAGAAACAGAGUCUGCAAAGAGUUCCGAAUUGAGUAAUUCUUAUGCUGAAAAUUUGAACGAAUCAAAUUCAUCAUUAACAAAUGUGAUCCCUAAAACAGUUCCUUUAAAUGACCAAAAUAUUACUGAACCAUCAACAGAUAUUUUGAAUUCAAAAAAUAGUAGUAUUACAUUAAAAGAUAUCAAAUUAAAUGCAACACCUUCAUUUAUGAAAAGUGCUUGGAGUACCAGAAAAAAGAGAAAAGUAAAUUCGAAUGAUAUAAAUGGAGAAUGGAGUCACAGUUUGGACGAUUCUGAUGGUAAAUUGACUCAAGCAAGUUCAACUACUUCAAAAAAGAUUCAUACUGAUGGUGAUACAACUACUAAUGGUCUGUUACUGGAGCAAAGUGAUGAAUCUACAAGCAGUAGUAUUACAUCUAUGUCUAAAAAAAAGGAUAAAAAGAGUACUAGUUUUAGAAAAAUGGUGAGAAAAUUUUUUUGAUUAAAAUAGGCUUGCCAACGAUAGCUGAUUAAAAAGAUAGCUUGAAAUUGUUGGAAUUUAAAAUACUUUAAACAUAGAGUACGCUUGAUUCGAAUGCUUCGCUCGUAUGAAUGUAUUAAAUAAAUCGUAGUAUAUUAAAAUCUUCAGGUUUAUCAAGAUUUGCUUAUAUGAAACUGUAUGCAUUCAUAGAUGUAACUAUAACUAUUAAGUAAAAUAUUCUUUAAGUAGAACGUUCGAAAAUAAAAUGAUUUCAUUAUGGCAUACAGUAUUCUCUCCGUAAAUAUUAAAAUUCUAUCCCCACUACUGGGAGGAUCCCCCUUGGAAUCAGUCAAGAAUAAAACAUACUAAUGCAAGCAAAGGAAAAGAUAGCAAUUUUCUUAUUUCUUACAGUGUUUUCAUGAAACUUUUACUGUCGUAUUUGUCUAGUUUUCCUCUUUUGAGUGUUCUGUCUUUUAAAUUCAAAAAUCAAAAUUCUUUAUUUUUGGUUUUUCGCCAAUGGAACUUUUACCAUCGUAUUUGUCUCGCUUUUCUGAUUAAAAUGACACCAAACACGAUAUGACUACGAUCGUAAUUACUUAUGUAACAAGUCAUAAAAGUUUCGGGCUUUCACACCUACGGCAAACUUUACAUUUAUGGCAGAGAUACGAAUUCCUCCUAACGGCUUGCUAUACAAGUAAUUAUGAUUUUAAUUAUACGAUAAUCAAAGUUUCAUUCACGAAAAACCAAAAAUAAAAAAUUUUAAUUUUUGAAUUUAAAAGACAGAACACGCACGAGUCUUUCAUGUUUGCUGAACCUCAGUUCCUCUUUGCCUUUUGUGUUGCUGUCUUUUUCUAUUACAAAAAAAAUUUUUACUACAAAGAAUGUAAUACCUAUUCCAUAAAUGUUACAAUCGAGACCCGAAGUUUUAACAUUUACGGAGAGAACACUGUAUUAGCAAAAUUACAUCAGCUUUAAAUUUGCAUAAAGGUGUCUCGUUUGCCAGAGUUUCCUUUUAUCAAUUACUUUCAGAAUCACCGUUAAUCCAGUUCGUUGCAUGACUAUACGAGCGAUCAGUCGAAAACAAAAUAAAGAGCAACAACAAUUUAUAUAAAAUAUAUGAAAGCUGUAUUUGAGAGAACAAACUCUUAAUACUUAAAUACUGCGUGAGUUUUAAACUGAAAUUUGAAUACAUAAAGCGAUGUAUAAUAUUCCCUUAACUUUUUGUUUUAAAAAAAACGACUGAUUUAUAUAUUAUUAUCAUUACUACUACCAUUACUAUUAUCAUUAUCACCAAAUAUCGUGAUCAUUGUAUCACCUUCAUCGUGUAUUGUAUUUAAAUUUAGUUACAUUAUAUUUAUUAUGAUAAACAGCCUAAUUAAAGAGUAAGAUCAAAACUCACAUUUGAUCUACUGUUAUUUUUUGAAAUACUUGUGUUAUACUAUUUACUAUUGUAAAAUGAGGUUACUUCGUAACUGAAAAAAUAUAAUUAUAAAAGUCACUUUUUAACUUAUAGUUACAGAAUAAGUUCGUGUAAUAUAACAACAGUAUAAUUUAUAUAUCUUUAAGGAGAUAAUGUAAUAAAGCACUACAUCAAAGAUACUUUUUUAAAGUUUGAUAAACACACUAAGUUGAUUUUAAUGAAAACAUUAAUUCAAACUUUUAAUUUUAAGUAAAAGGUUUAACUAGUAUUUUUACCACAAGAAAAUUCCUCCUAUGUAAAAUUUCCUUCUUGACGUAAUAUUUUUAUAAUAAAUAUUCAUACUUCUAAUAGCAACAGAAAAUGUAUAAGUUAUACAAGAUGCUAAAUAUUUAUUUUAUAUAAUUAAUAAUUUGAUUAUUUGAAGUUAAAUAUUUCAAUUCAUUUCAUUUACAAAGUAACUUCAAUUUAAGAUCUGUAAAUUGCGUGGAAAUUUUGUAUUUAUUGCUAUUUAUAUAUACAUAUAUAUAUAUAUAUAUUUAAUUUUUUACUAAAUGCAUCACACAAACAUUACUUAAGUUAAAGAAAGAUGGACAUUAUAGUUAAAUAGCUAAAAAUAUUAAGUUAAAUACAUUAAUGAACUCGUUUUGUGAUAGUACAUACAAGAUUAAACGAGGUGAUAUGUUGACAAAUAGUGUCAUGUUGUAAAUA